UAUCAGUCCGAUACGUUUUCUAACUCGCCUGGUUGCUUUUAUCGUGACCAUGUUUUCAUCUGAGUUUCAGCGCAAUGGCCGACGGCGACUCUCAGACCACGGCUCAGCUACAGCAGUUGGAUAGUCUUAUUGCCCGGGCUGAGGUUUUCAGCAAAAUAAAAUAUACUGGAGCCGCUGGGGCCAAAAGUCUCACAAGUCCCUUGAAGAUCACUCCCGAGUUGUUGGUACAUUCACCCACCUCCCAAGUCCCUGGCGACCACCGCCACAGGCGAACAGAGCGGGAAGAAGACGAGGAGCUUUUGACGGAAACCAAGCAUGGGAGUGUGGCAGUUCAGCGUUUUGAAGCAUCCCCGUUUUUUGUCAAAGGUGGCGAAAUGCGUGACUAUCAAAUUCGUGGUCUGAACUGGAUGAUACAACUAUAUCAUGAUAAUAUUAAUGGAAUCCUGGCUGACGAAAUGGGUCUUGGAAAGACGUUGCAGACAAUCUCCAUGUUGGGUUACAUGAAACAUUGUCGCCAUAAAUCAGGACCACACAUUGUCAUUGUUCCCAAGUCAACAAUGACCAACUGGAUGAAUGAAGUGAAACGUUGGGUACCUACUCUAAGAGCGGUCGCUCUUAUUGGUAGUCAGGAAGAACGCGCACAGAUUAUACGCGAUGAACUUUUGGGCAAGGAGUGGGAUAUGAUCGUGACGAGCUACGAAAUUUGCAUCAAAGAGAAGGCGAUACUGCGCAAAUACCACUACGUGUAUUUGGUCAUUGAUGAGGCCCACCGUAUAAAAAACGAAAAGUCCAAACUGUCUGAGAUUGUUCGACAAUUUCGCUCACACAACCGUCUUCUGAUCACUGGGACGCCUUUGCAAAACAACCUUCACGAGCUGUGGUCUUUGUUGAACUUUUUGAUGCCCGACCUCUUCUCCUCAUCCGAACUGUUUGAUGAAAUGUUCAAAGUUAGCACCGAAGAGGAACAGAAUCUCAUUCAACGGCUUCAUGCGAUACUCAAGCCUUUCAUCUUGCGUCGAAUCAAAGCGGAUGUUGAAAAGAAACUCCCCCCGAAGAAGGAAUGCAAGAUCUACAUAGGAUUGUCGAAAAUGCAGAGAGAUCUUUAUACAAAAAUCUUGAUGAAGGAUAUCGAUAUAGUCAAUUCGACCGGGAACAAAGUGGAUCGUGUACGACUGCUGAACAUUUUGAUGCAGUUGCGCAAGUGUUGUAAUCAUCCGUAUCUAUUCGAUGGCCUUGAACCCGGACCACCCUAUACAACCGACCAGCAUCUAAUAGAUAAUUGUGGGAAAAUGCUUCUGUUGGACAAGCUACUGGCGCGCUUGAAGGAGCAGGGUUCGCGUGUGCUCAUAUUCAGCCAAAUGACACGUAUGCUCGAUAUUUUGGAGGACUAUUGUCUAUGGCGUGGUCAUGAUUACUUCCGUCUUGAUGGACAAACCCGCCAUGAAGACAGACAAGUGUUCAUCGAUGAAUACAAUCGUCCUGGCUCGACCAAGUUCGUUUUUAUGCUGUCCACUCGUGCCGGUGGUCUGGGCAUCAACCUGGCCACAGCAGACGUUGUUAUUAUCUACGAUUCGGAUUGGAAUCCUCAGGUUGAUCUUCAAGCCAUGGAUCGUGCACAUCGUAUUGGUCAAACAAAAACCGUCCGAGUGUUCCGCCUAAUCACUGAACAUACUGUAGAGGAACGCAUAAUUAUGCGGGCCGAAAUGAAGCUACGACUGGAUAACCUAGUCAUUCAGCAGGGCCGCCUGGUGGAACAAAAAGCUAAUCAGUUACAAAAGGGCGAUGUGUUGGACAUGAUCAAAUUCGGAGCUAAUUUCAUUUUCCGUAGUAAGGACUGCGACUUCAAGGAUGAGGAUAUUGAUAUCAUUCUUGCUCGUGGCGAGCAACGUACUGCUGAAAUGAACGAAAAGUUGGCCAAUUUAGGAGAGUCCAAUUUGCGGGCGUUGAAGUUCGACACGGCGGAAGAAGGUGCUGCUCCCUACUCUGCUUAUGUCUUUGAGGGAGAAGACUAUCGUGAGAAGCACCGAACUGGCCUUGAGGGCUGGAUCGAACCACCAAAGCGUGAACGCAAAGCUAACUACGCGGUUGAUGCCUACUUCCGUGAAGCACUGCGUGUUUCAGAACCGAAAGCACCCAAGCCCCCGAGACCGCCGAAGCAGCCAAACGUCCAGGAUUUCCAGUUCUUCCCUCCGCGCUUGUUUGAGUUGCUUGAUAAAGAAAUUUACGCAUUCAGGAAGAGCAUAGGAUACAAAAUACCCCGCAAUCCGGAUGCUGGUCCAGAUGCCGAACGCGAACGUUUAGAAGAACAGAUGCGUAUCGAUGAAGCUGAGCCACUGACAGAAGAGGAACUUGCAGAGAAGGAAGAUCUUCUUACACAAGGAUUCACCAAUUGGUCCAAGCGUGACUUUCAGCAGUUCAUCAAAGCAAACGAAAAGCAUGGACGUGAUGAUCUAGAAGCCAUCUCAAUGGAUGUUGAGGGUAAAACACCGGAAGAGGUGAAACGCUAUGCUCGUGUGUUCUGGACCCGGUGUAACGAGCUGCAAGAUGUAGACAAGCAUAUGGCUCAGAUUGAAAGAGGAGAGGCUAAAAUCCAGCGGCGGGCUGCCGUCAAAAGAGCUUUGGAUCUGAAGAUGGCACGCUACAGAGCACCCUUUCAUCAGCUUCGAAUCCAGUACGGGACGAACAAAGGCAAAAACUAUGUGGAGGAGGAAGAUCGCUUCCUUAUCUGCAUGCUGCAUAAACUAGGUUUCGAUCGGGACAACGUGUACGAUGAUCUGCGUUUAGCCGUGCGUCUGGCACCACAAUUUCGAUUCGAUUGGUUCCUUCGUUCGCGAACUGCAAUGGAGCUCCAAAGGCGAUGCAGCACACUCAUAACUCUGAUUGAACGAGAAAUAUGUGAUAUAGACGAUCGUUCCAAACAACCUCGCGGACAAGCUGGCCAAACUGGCGCUAAUGUUGGUGGCGGUGCUCAAGGUGGGGGACAGAAGCGCAAGGCUACUACGCCUGCGGCUGCCGCAUCGGUCGAAGGAGGUGUGGACGGUUCAGGCAAUGGGAAGAAACGGAAAGUCGUGACAUCCUAGAAUUUCACACGUCAUCAAUGCAUUUACUCCCAUCUGCUUCCCAAUGCACUAUGCGCGUCUGGUGGUGCCAGCCAUGCAGCUCCUUUUGUACGACGUCUUAUACAUUGUUCUGUCAUUUAUACGGUCGUUGUCUUCUAUCAUUCUGAAUCAAAUCUUGUGUAUUUCCAAUAUUUUUUCUCAUCACUGGUAAUCAAGUACCCAGUAUUGUGCUUCAUUUCAGCUGGUGUGUUUUCAUACCUCUAUUUGCAAACCACUGGAUGGCUUUCAUUUAGGCUAUUCGUUGAAUGCUGCCAAGAGAGCUCACCGUUCCUUAACUGAUUAGUGGCACACCAAACUCUCUCCAUGAGGUUUGUGUGCCUAGAUGUUUUGCCCUGCGAUCAAGAAUCAUCUGAAGUCUGAACAAAUGUCAAUCUGUCCAAGUUUAUCGAGAUGUGAGCGAAAUAAGAACAACCAGUUCAAUCAGUAGUCCUUACUCAGAAUUCCAGUUGAAUCCAUCGUGUUUGAUUUCCCUAUCGCCAGCGUCAUAUAAACCUUAAGUUGGAAACACAGCAUAAGACAAUAUUCAUUUUUCUGCAGCGUGUACGUUCAAUUUCACUUCUUCAAUGUAUUCAGUUCUAUGCUGAAUUGGGGGUCAUUCGAUUCUUGAACUGAACGUUUCAUGGUGCAUUUAUUAUAUUUUCUGGGGUGCUGUAUAUGUGACGUUCAGGUGCUGAACUCCUACUUUGGUUUUAUGUCU